UGUUGCGGCGGCGGGGCGCCGGUGCGCAUGUGCGGUUGCCGGCGCUGCUGAAGGCAGCCUGUGCGGUGCCGGCGGCGACGACGGUGGUGGUUUCGACAUGAAGGACCGGCUCGGUGACCUGCGGGCGCACAAAGAAAACUUUGAAGAUGAAGUGACGAUUACUGUGGAGAAAGAUCACUUUAUGGAUGACUUCUUCCAGCAGGUUGAGGAGAUCCGAGGAUAUAUCGAUCGCAUCUCUGACAGCGUGGAAGAAGUGAAGAAGAAGCAUAGCAUCAUCCUAUCAGCGCCCAACCCUGAUGGCAAAACGAAAGAAGAACUGGAGGACCUAACACUCUCGAUCAAGGCAACAGCGAACAAAGUUCGAAAUAAGCUAAAAGUUAUCGAGCAGAGCUUUAAAGAUGAAGAUGAAGAGAACCAAGGCUCGGUCGAUUUGAGGAUACGGAAAACCCAGCACUCAACACUGUCCCGAAAGUUUGCCAACGUCAUGACAGAGUACAACGAGAUCCAGAUAUAUUUCAGAGAGCGCAGCAAAGGAAGGAUUCAGCGUCAACUGGAAAUCACUGGGAAGACUACCACAGACGAUGAGCUGGAAGAGAUGCUGGAGAGUGGUAACCCAUCUAUUUUCACAUCCGAUAUCAUAUCAGACACUCAAAUCACCCGGCAGGCACUGAACGAGAUUGAGUCACGGCACAAGGACAUCAUGAAGCUGGAAGCAAGUAUACGGGAGCUGCACGAUAUGUUCGUGGACAUGGCGAUGUUAGUCGAGCAACAGGGCGAGAUGGUCAACAACAUCGAGACCAAUGUGGUGAAUGCCGUGGAGUACGUCGAGCGGGCGAAGGAAGAGACAAAGAAAGCAAUGCGAUACCAGAGCAAAGCCCGGCGGAAAAUGUUCCUCAUCAUAAUUUGUGUCGUAGUCCUGAUAGCAGUUGUUGCAAUUAUCAUCGGACUGUCGGUGGGUACAUAGCGACCCUGCCCUGGGGCCGGCUCCAGCCCCGUUCUGCAGAACUCCCUCUGCCAAUGCCACGCUGGCCCAGCCUCCCCAUGCUGCUGCGGUCUUGGUGAAGUGAGGACACAACUAAACGCGUGGAGAGUUGCUUGUGAGAUGGUUAAAGCCAAAGCCGUUACUGCCAUUAAUUGACUAGUUUGUACAAUACUCGAGCAUUUUUUAUAUAUAUCAUUUCAAUAUUUUUUUAAGUUAAUGAUUUGGAGACUGUUUACAAGAUAAACGCUCUGUUGAUUUUGCGGUGCUCAGCUUGCAGUUGCCACUUGAGGAAAGCCUGAACAAAGUUGAGUUAGUUUGCACUGCACCCACAUGGACAGUGGCAUGUCAGUUCCCUUCCCCACCUUGUGGGGACAGCAAGACAAAACACUCCAAGCACACACAUGCAUGUGAGAAACACUCUUACACUCCAGUAACCAGGGCUGUGUUAUCCCUCCCUCCUCCCCUCUCUCCCUCCCUCCUUUUCUCCCUGCCCCUCUCAUGCUUGUCAUUCCUCCAUCCCCUGCAGAGACACACACACCAUGUGCACACCAGUUGAAAACCCACGCGCGUAACAUAGAGAACACCUUGCCAGUGUCCUGAAACAACAGAGCCCGUGGGCUCACAACACAACGUGCUCCACUGAAAUAUCUUUCUUGCCUGAGGACUCCCGGUGAUGUGCAAGAAGAGUUGACGGUGGGAGCUGAGACUGUUACUGAUUGUUGAGUCUUUUGACUCGAAUGGGCAUCCCCUCCUAUGGCAGCAAGGCAUCAUUGCACUUUGUAUGUGGAGAAACUCGAACAAGCAUCAGGAAUAAUUGUAUUUCAUAAAUUCUACUCCAGCUCGUGAUGACACAGAUUGAAGGAAAAGCCGUUGUGAUAGAUUCCUUGUGCAUUAACAGCUUGUUAAACCCUCAGCUUUAGAUUAGGAGAAAAUAUCACUCAUCUUGCAAUACCUGUUGUAGUCAGAUUAAAUGUUUAAAUGUGUAUUACGUUAAGUUUUAAAGACUUUGCACAAUUGUUUUAAAAGAUUACAAAAGAAACUCGUGACUUUUUAAACUCUCUUGAAAAUAUAACAUUUACUGCUUUGCUAAUCACUAAAUGUGAGCAUUAAUAUAAACUCACUAUGCAAAUCCAAUUAAAUUAUUGUAAGAAUAUAGAAACUUGGAGACAGGUGCUGAGUCAUGUUACACAUUCACCACUUCACACCUGUUUUCAAGUUGUAACUUUCCAAAAAAAAUUCUGAAGUGUAGACUUUUCUGAAAGAAGAAAAGAUCAAAUCUGAGAAUUGAGAAAGAUGUUAAGGCAUUGUGUUGCGUUACAAUUUGGGAAUGUAAAUUAUGUUUAAAUUUCAGAAUAAAUGAAUAUCAUAGUUAUGGCUAAGAAACUUGCUGUGGGCUGUGUUG